GGAGUGAGUGGGCAGUUACAACGAAGAGGGCCUCUUCUACUCUCCUAUAAUUCCGGUUAGUGUUUUACUCUUUUCCCCUGUUUCCGUAUCCAUACCUAUCCAUUUCACGGGAUGAGUUAAUCGUGACUUACUUGCUGCAACUCCUUUGUUUCCUAGCGGGAGUGUCUAUAUAUAUUCCCUUCACAUGGAUAUUCACAUGAAGAUGGAGGCUCUAGUGUCUUUGUUCGUGGCCCUUAUGUUGUGCGGUUGUACUGCUCUCAAGGAGUGCACAAACAUUCCUACACAAUCACACACGUUCAGAUUUGAGCUAUUGACGUCCAAGAAUGAAACGUGGAAGGCAGAGGUGAUGUCUCACUACCAUUUGACACCAACGGAUGAUUCCGCUUGGGCUGACUUGCUGCCAAGGAAACUCUUGACAGAACAAAACCAAUAUGACUGGGCAGUGAUGUAUAAGAAAAUUAAGAACGUGGGUGUCUUCAACUCACCUGAAGGAUUACUCAAAGAAGUGCCUCUUCAAGAUGUGAGAUUGAACGAGGAUUCAAUACAUGCCCGGGCACAGCAGACAAAUUUGGAUUAUCUAUUGAUGUUGGAUGUGGACAGGUUGCUUUGGAGCUUCCGAAAGACAGCUGGUCUACCCACUCCUGGAACUCCUUAUGGAGGGUGGGAAGGUCCAGAAGUUGAGCUCAGAGGUCAUUUUGUUGGGCAUUACUUAAGCGCAUCCGCUCUAAUGUGGGCAAGCACACAGAAUGAUAUCCUGAGGCAGAGAAUGUCAGCUGUUGUUACUGGUAUGUCUGCUUGUCAAGAGAAAAUUGGAAGUGGAUAUCUAUCUGCAUUUCCAUCGGAGUUUUUUGAUCGAUUUGAAGCUAUUCAACCUGUGUGGGCUCCUUAUUACACCAUUCACAAGAUCUUGGCCGGCCUCUUGGAUCAACAUACGUUUGCGGGAAACCCUCAAGCUCUAAAAAUGGUAACAUGGAUGGUUGAUUACUUCUACAACAGAGUGAUGAAUGUCAUAGCAAGGUUCACUAUAAAUAGACAUUAUGAAUCACUGAAUGAGGAAACUGGAGGAAUGAAUGAUGUCCUCUACAAAUUAUACAGGAUAACGGGAGAUUCUAAGCAUCUAGUGUUGGCUCACCUUUUUGACAAGCCAUGCUUUCUAGGUUUGCUGGCAGUACAGGCUAACGAUAUAGCUGAUCUUCACUCUAAUACGCAUAUCCCGAUUCUUGUUGGAUCUCAAGAGCGUUAUGAAAUAAUAGGCGAUCCACUUUAUAAGGAAAUUGGGACAUUCUUUAUGGCUCUUGUAAACUCUUCUCACAGCUAUGCAACUGGAGGGACAUCUGUCCAUGAAUUCUGGAGAGAUCCAAAGAGAAUAGCAGACAACAUACGAACAACAGAGACUGAGGAGUCAUGCACAACUUAUAAUAUGUUGAAGGUUUCACGCCACCUCUUUAGAUGGACGAAAGAAAUCUCUUAUGCAGAUUAUUAUGAGCGUGCCUUAACCAAUGGUGUACUCAGCAUUCAAAGAGGAACUGAUCCUGGAGUGAUGAUUUAUAUGCUUCCACAAGGUGUUGGGUUUUCCAAGGCUAAAACUGGACAUAGUUGGGGAACUCCGUUUGACUCUUUCUGGUGCUGUUAUGGAACCGGAAUUGAAUCAUUUUCAAAGCUGGGGGAUUCUAUCUAUUUUGAAGAGGAAGGGAAAAAUCCUACUCUUUACAUCAUUCAGUACAUAUCAAGUUCAUUUGAUUGGAAAUCUGGAAAAAUUUUGAUCAGUCAAACUGUUGUUCCAGCUGUGUCAUGGGAUCCUUAUUUACGAGUCUCCUUUAUUUUUUCUCCUGCUGAGAGUACUUCAUCUACUUUAAACUUUCGAAUACCGUCUUGGACUCAUUUAGACGGUGCCAAAGCGGUAUUAAAUGCUGAAGUUUUAUCUUUGCCGGCUCCAGGAAAGUUUUUGUCAAUAACGCGACAAUGGCUUGCCGGUGACAAGCUGACUCUUCAGUUUCCCAUUACUCUCAGAACAGAGGCAAUAAAAGAUGAUAGGCCUGACUAUGUAUCAGUUAAAGCAAUUCUCUAUGGUCCUUAUCUUCUUGCGGGUCAUACUAGCGGCGGUGAUUGGGAACUUAAGGAUGGGGGCAAUUCAAACUGGAUUACUCCAAUUCCUGCCAGUUACAAUAGUCAACUAAUUUCUUGUGCACAGAACUUUGAAAAAUCAACUUAUGUCUUAGCAAACUCAAAUCAAACCCUUGCGAUGCAAAUAUUACCUCAACCUGGCACUGAUUUGGCUCCUCGAUCAACUUUUAGACUUGUGCCAAAGGAAUCGAAUGGUACAUCAGUGAUGUUGGAACCAUUUGAUCUCCCUGGAAUGUACGUGACUGAACAAGGACCAGACAAAUCUCUUAACAUCGUAAAUUUUUCACCUGGGACAUCUUCUGCUUUUUCAGUAAUACCGGGGUUGGAUGGACGAAAUGGAACUAUAUCUCUGGAAUCCGAAAGCAACAAGGGUUGUUACGUGUAUACUGGUCUGAAUUCUGCUGCAGGAGUUAAGCUCAGUUGCAUGUCUGCUUCUAACCCUUCUUUUAACCAAGCAACCAGUUUUGUCGCUUUGGAUGGAAUAAGCCAAUACAAUCCUGUUUCUUUCGUAGCUAAAGGAGCAAACAGGAAUUUUCUUUUAGAGCCAUUAUUCAAAUUUAGAGAUGAACAUUAUACUGUUUAUUUCAAUAUUCAAGAUUGAUAGAUGAUUCUUAGUAUAUAUUUCUUUAAAUGUUAUUACGAGUUUCAUUUUGUUUCCAGUAUAUGGGUUAUGUUUUUUUUUAUGAAUUUUGUCAAUUUCAAUUCAUUUUGUGUCUUCU